GUCGUGAUAAAGUUUUACGACAUUCCACUUCAUACACACCCACUCGCAGGUGACGCACUUUGGAUUCUUGAGUUUGGAGGGAUUUCAAAGAGUACCUUUAAGAACUGUGUUUGUGACUGUAUUGUUGAGCUGUUUAAUGCUCCCACUGCUGAGGAUUGUGGGAUUGCGAGCAUUUUCCAUGGCGUCCGAAUCGUACACGUCUGGUACACACUCUGCAGCCUUCGUCACCUGUCCUAAUGAGCAGGUGGCCAAAGACCUGGCCAGAGGAAUGGUGGAGAAGAAAUUGGCUGCCUGUGUCAACAUUGUGCCAAAGAUCAUGUCAGUAUACGAGUGGCAGGGGAAGAUCGAAGAGGACAAUGAGGUGUUACUGAUGAUUAAAACCAGAAGUUCAAAGGUUUCAGCUUUGGCAGAAUAUGUAAGGUCAAAUCAUCCGUAUGAAGUGGCCGAGGUCAUCAGUCUGCCCAUAGACCAGGGAAACCCACCCUACCUGAAGUGGCUGGGUGAUGUUGUACCUGAGUGACUUCUCUCUACCGCCACCAGUGGACUUUUUUUUGGAGGUUCAGUGACAUUUUCUCCCGUUUGCAGUAAUGCAUUUCAUCUGUCUGAGAGGGCAAGAGAGGUAAAAAUAAA